AUGACAUUUAAUGACAACAAUAAUGAAGAAAAUGAAUUAAGUCAUCGUAUUUUACAAGUUCCAUUUCUCGAAUGUUCUGUGUGUACAUUACCAAUAUGUGAUAAAUUUAUAUUCAAAGUUUUAGAUCAGUAUUAUCAUGCGAAUUGUUUAAAAUGUAACGAAUGUCACGUUAAACUAAUGGAUAAAUGUUUUGCACGAGAUGGUUACGUUUAUUGUAAAGAAGAUUUUUUUCGAAAAUUUGGUACUAAAUGUGCUUCAUGUGGUCACGGUAUUCCUCCAACAGAAGUUGUUCGUCGUGCAAAUGAAUUUGUUUAUCAUUUACAAUGUUUUUCAUGUCUAAUAUGUCAUCGACAAUUAAAAACCGGCGAUGAAUUCUAUUUAAUUAACGAUCAGAAACUCUGUUGUAAAAUUGAUUUUGAAGCAUUAAGAAACAAAGAAUUCGACGAUACCAGCAAACGUCCACGAACAACAAUAUCGCAAAAGCAACUUGAAAUAUUAAAACAAGCAUAUAACACUUCGUCAAAACCAGCGAGACAUGUACGAGAACAAUUAGCGGCUGAAACCGGAUUGGAUAUGAGAGUUGUGCAAGUUUGGUUUCAAAAUCGUCGUGCAAAAGAAAAGCGUUUGAAAAAAGACUCUGGACGAAGAUGUCCGGGCAUAAUGAGAAAUCUUGAACGAAAAGCACGUCUGAAAAGUAGAAAAAGUCAGAGUACACAUGAAGAAGAAACAAGUAAUGAAGAUGCAGCUGUAUCUUAUGAUGAAUUAUCAGAACGUGAAUCAGAUGAUUCAUUGCAUUGUGAUCCGAAUCUUCAACAGCAAUAUGAACAAUUUUCAGCAAAUGCAUCUGAUACAAAUUCGUUUUUGAGUCCAACACAAUCACGAACAUCGUAUUCACAAAUGGGCGGUACUGGUACAUCAUUUGUUGAUGACACAAAUUCAGUUGUUGCAACACUUCGACCAUCAUCGACACUGGGUGAUCGAACGGAAAAUGAAUACUGUGAUUUAGGUCCAGACUAUACUGUUCGUUGGUUAGAACGAGGUUCAUAA